GAAAAAAAAAUAGGCAUCCGGCGUCCCCCACUACGAGAAGGAGAAACAAUUCUGCCGCCGCCGCCGCCGCCGCCUCAUCAUCUUCUUCCCCAUCCCCUCCUCCACAUCCCCGCCGUUUCUUUGUUGCAGAAUCCCGCGAGCCGCUCCGCUCGCCGCCGUUUCGCCCUGCGGCUUCGGUAACAUCGCGACGCGGCACGGCAUGCUCCGACGCGCGGCCUUCUUGGUACAUGGGCGCGCGGCCUGGCUCCCUCGCCGUCCAGUGACGGCCGCGGCAGCACUGGUCCGACGCCGCCCGGAGCCGGAUGCCCGCCUCCGCGCCGUCGAGGGCCGGGGCUACGCGCGCAUGGCGCGGCGGAUGCCUCCCACGAGGCCUGACGGGUACUCCACAUCAGACGGCGAGGCCGACGCCUACGGCGACGUCGAGGACCUGGAGCCGGUGGAGCCGGCGGCCGCCGCGGACGGCGAGGAGGACGCCUCCGAUGGGGAGGGGUGGGACGGGUUCACGCUGGACAUGGGCGCCGGAUCCAUCGUGGACAAUGACGAUGAGGAGGAGGAGGAGGAAGAGGAAGAGGAGAAGUAAUGUGAGGAAGAGGAAGAGGAGAAGUAA